CUGCCGUCCCAGUGCCAGGGAGAGGAGAUGGGCGCAGGACAGAGCGUCCCCAUGGCCCAGCUGGCCUUGCUCACUCUGCUGGCCCUGCUGGGUGCCAGGGCAGUGACAGUGGAUCAUGUGACCUCCCAGGUGGUGUUCUACCAGCGCACGGACCGAUCCCAGCAGGGGUCCGGGGAGUUCAUGCAAGAGUUUGACCAGGAUGAGAUCUUGUAUGUGGACCUGGAGAAGAAGGAGAUCAUCUGGCGCCUGCCUGAAUUCAGCAAGUUCACCAGCUUCGAGGUGCAGCACGCCCUGCGCAACAUGGCUGUGAUCAAGCUGUACCUGGAGAAACUGAUUGAGAGGUCGAACCACACACGAGCCCAGAACGUGCCCCCUGAGGUGACCGUGUUCCCCAAAGGCCCCAUGGAGCUGGGAGAGCCCAACAUCCUGAUCUGCUUCGUGGACAAAUUCUUCCCGCCAGUGCUGCGCCUCACGUGGCUGAAGAACGGGCAGGAGGUGACGGAGGGUGUCUACGAGACCGACUUCUACCCCCGCCAGGACAACUCCUUCCGCAAGUUCUCCUACCUGCCCUUCUUCCCCAGCCAGGGCGACUUCUACGACUGCCGGGUGGAGCACAGGGGGCUGCCCAAGCCCUUCACGAAGCACUGGGAAGCCCAGGUGCCCACCCCUGUCCCUGAGACCACAGAGACCCUGGUGUGCACCCUGGGCCUGGCCAUGGGCAUCAUCGGCAUCAUCGCGGGCACCAUCCUCAUCAUAAAGGGCAUGAAGAUGAUCGCCGCCCACAACCCGCGGGGCCCCUUCCAGGUGCCAGGCUGGACAGCGAGGAACUGAGGAUGUGGGUCCCACAUGAUGAGGGUCGGGUGGGCUGUACCCUGGGACGCAGAGACUCCCAACUGGAAGUGGGGGGCAAGGCAGAACCCAACUGAACAUGAACUCCUGUGAUGUUGCACUCCAUAUGGAAGUAUGCUAAUGAGUGUAAAUAUGAUGUAACUGGAAAAUGCUUGAUGGAAAAGGUCUCCUGUAAGGUAUCAUUACAAAGCUUAUAAUCUACUGAGUGCCGUGAUCCUAUUUGUAUGAAUGUAUCAUCCUUGUAUCUGAAGCUGGAAAUAUGAAGUAUGAGGUCUUAUUGUAAUUAUGCAAAUAUGAGAUCUUAUUGUAAUUAUGCAAAGUGUGGGCCAUUAAUGGCUUGGAAUCUUGAUGGCUUCCAUUAACUAGGACAAUUGGUUGUAA